ACUGCAUUAGCUGCAUAGACUUAGCUGUUAACCGCUUCAAUACCAAAUACCCGGUUGACUGUAAAAAACAUCUUCCGUACUGCACGUCUGACAACUAUGCAAAAUGUCCUUGAAUUGUUCGUUUAAUAAUAUAUUGCGGAGAAGCGUGACUGGACUGUCUUCAAAUUGGACUGUUUCAUUGGCGCAUGUCGUAUCUUUCCAUAGUAGCAUAUCGCAGAGGAGAACUCAUAGCAACAAUACACACCACAUUACAACGUUAGCUGCGUAGCUGACUGACUGAGGCAGACCAGGACCUCAGUUAUCUCAUUAUGUUGUCUUCCUCCCAAGGGAAGCUGGUGCGUAAUGGCGAGGAGAAGAAGGCCGUGAUUUGUAUUGAGGGCAACAUUGCUAGUGGAAAGACCACGUGUCUGGAGUACUUCAGUAAAACCAACAACAUUGAGGUGCUGACAGAGCCUGUGUCCAAAUGGCGAAAUGUUCGAGGACACAAUCCCCUGGGGCUGAUGUACCAGGAACCUACCCGAUGGGGCCUUACUCUACAGACCUACAUUCAGCUGACCAUGCUGGACAGACACCUGUCACCUACAUCAGCCCCUGUGAGGAUGAUGGAGAGGUCUAUCUACAGCGCUAAGAACAUUUUCGUGGAGAACCUCUUUAAAAGUGGGAAGAUGCCAGAGGUGGAUUUUGCUGUUCUCAGUGAGUGGUUCGAUUGGAUUACACAAAACAUCGCCAUACCAGUGGACCUCAUUGUGUACCUGCAGACAUCCCCGAAGACCUGCUAUGAGCGUCUAAAAGAUAGAUGCAGGGAGGAGGAGAAGGUCAUCCCUAUGGAAUAUCUUGAGGCCAUUCACAAGCUGUAUGAAGAUUGGCUGAUCAACCAGACCACCUUCCCACUUCCUGCUCCAGUUCUGGUUAUCUCGGCGGACCACGACCGUCAGAAGAUGCUCCACCAGUAUGAGGAGAACCGGGAGAAGAUCCUGGCUGCCAGCCGUGUCUGAGGCUUUAACCAGAAGAAUCAGCCAAGCAAACAAAACACACAAAUCUUUUUAUCAGAUGGGUUUACAUUAGCUAUUCUGAAUAAUGUAUAGGCUGCGUACCGUGAAACUAAAUUAUUUCUGUAGUUAAUCAAUGUACAUAUAUUACUUGACUUCAUGGCUCACUCAUUGACUGCCGAAACAGAGACAUGGUUUUCUUAUGUGAUAAUAUCACAGUUACACUGUUUUUAAGAUGUCUUUCACAAUGAUCACAAAGAUUAAGGCUCUUUGCGUUCUGUCUUUAGUGAGAGAUUUCAUGUUUCACACAUCUGUUACUUACCUCACUUGAAGUUCAGUUGCAUCUAACAUUGACCAAAUUAGAUGUUUAUUUUAUUUGUAUUAUAUUUUAUUUCUACAGGGAAUUGUCUGUUCACUUUCUUUGACCAAAUUAGAUCAAGUCUUUGCUCCAGACAUAGGGUUACAUGUAGCCACAGGUUAGUCAUGACCCCAUCAUAAACUUCACUUCCAUCCCGCUUUGCUGUGCACACAAACACCCCCUUUCAUUACACUUUAGAGAAUAUGAUUUGAUCUAUUUAUGAACAUUUUACCUUUUUUGGAGAUUGAAGCUUUCAAUGUUGUUUGUGAAUAAGCUUGCAGACCAUAGUACUGUCCUGUGCUUACCCCUACAACCUGUUCAUACUGUU